AUGCAAGUCCUAAGAGCAGUUCGUUUUGCCCUGAACCAACUAGACGGACAAAUCCCACUAGAAGUGGCUCAGUUGAGAUUUAUGACUUUCUUCUCAAUUACCGGCAACAAGAUAACUAAUAUCACUGGGGCAAUCAAGAUUCUUAUGCGUUGCUUGAUUCUCGAAACUGUGCUCAUUAGAACAGAUUUUCAAUACGAGACAAUGCCAACGGAUGAUGACAUAAUUGCUUUUAAUGGAUCCAAAAAUCUUAAGUUCUUGGAUAUAGGUGGAUGCCAACUAACUGGUGAGUUGCCCAUAUGGCUAUCUAAGCUUAAGAAGCUGAAAAUCUUAAGCCUAAAUGCCAAUUCUAUCACAGGUUCAAUUCCAAGUAGGUUGUCGACCCUUCCAAGACUUAUCUGUCUAGACAUGUCGGACAACCUCAUUUCAGGCACACAACUACAAAGCUUUGAUGCCUCUGCAUAUGAGGGCAACUAUGGACUUUGCGGUGCCCCACUUUCGGAGUGUGGCCAUGUGACUAAUGGCAAUAGUACUGAUAAGCACAUUCAGGAUGAGGAAGAUGGACACACAAUCCCAUGGUUUCAUAUAACUGUGGUGGUUGGCUUCAUUACUGGAUUUUGGGCGGUAUCAUACUUCACCAUCGAUAAGAGGGUAUUUCGGAUGAACAACAGCUAUGACGGAGAUUCCGUAGAACAAUCGCACUUGAUCUACAAUUUGCCAACGAGGUAA